CAUUCAAAGUGCAACUGUGCUUACCUUUAGCAGUUCAGAGCAUGAGAUACUAGAGAUCAUUCUGAGGACUGUGCACUAUAUAUGCAGAAAUGAUGUCACUUCGUCCCAGAGAAUGCACACUGGUCAAAGAAGAGGGUGAAAACUAUGGAUUCUGCCUGCGCAUUGAGAGAUUCAAAACAGGGCAUCUUAUCCGAAAUGUAGAAAAGAAUAGUCCAGCGGAGAAGGCAGGACUAAAAGAUGGAGAUAGAGUCCUGAAGAUUAAUGGAGUGUUUAUAGAUAAGGAAGAUCACGGAGAGGUGGCUGAGUUAAUUAGAAAAAGUGUAACUCCUGUAUUAUUCCUUGUUUUGGAUGAUCAUUCUUAUGAAAAUGCAUUAAAAGAAGGGAUCAGUCUUGAAGAGUUGGCUAAAAAGUCACCAAACCAAGAACAGACAGAAGAACCCCAACUUGUGCAAUCUGGAGAAUCGGGUUCAGCUCCACAACCCCGUCUCUGUUAUCUGACUAAGGAAAAAAAUAGCUAUGGUUUCUCUUUGAAGUCUUCUGCAGGACAGAAAGGUUUAUUCAUUGUAGAUUUGAGUCCACUGGGUGCAGCUGUAAAAGCUGGAGUGCAGCCAAAUGAUCGCCUUAUAGAAAUCAACGGGGAGAAUGUGGAAAACAAUACACAUGAAGAAGUAGUUGAGAAGGUAAAAAAGUCUGGGAAUCGGGUUGUAUUUCUACUGUCAGAUAAAGAAACUGACCAGUAUUACUACAGAUGGAAUAUGCAGCUGACAAGGGGAAAGGCCAAUCUGAAAUUAUUACCUCACAAGCCCCGAAAUCUUGAGCUCCAAAAAGAUAAUAAUGGUUAUGGAUUUUACCUCAGAAUGGAGCAAAACGGCAAAGGUCACUUCAUUAAGGACAUCGAUUCAGACAGCCCUGCAGCUAAAGCAGGACUCAGGGACAAUGAUAUCUUGGUCGCUGUCAAUGGAGAACCAAUUGAAGCACUGGACCAUGAAGCUGUGGUAGAGAAAAUCAGACAAUCUGGUGACAACACAACCUUACUAGUGGUGGAUGAAGAGACUGAUACCAUGUAUAAAAUGGCUAAAAUAUCUCCUUGUCUCUACUACCAAGCAAGACUGGAGCCACGUCUGAGCAUUGCGAAGAUACCCAAGCAUACUGAGGAAGAAAAUCACAAGCCCAGACUCUGUAAGCUCACAAAAAGUACCACCGGAUUCGGCUUUCAAUUGAAUGCCAUUAAAAAUAUACCUGGAGUGUUCAUCAAAGAGGUAAAAAAGGAUGGACCUGCCAAUAUAGCUGGGCUGCAAGAUGAUGACAUUGUGAUAGAAGUGAAUGGUACCAAUGUAGAGAAUGAAGAGUAUGAAGAUGUAGUAGCAAGAAUCCAAGACAGUGGUAACAGCCUAACACUAUUGGUGUGUGAAGAAAAGGCUUAUCAGCACUUCUGCUCCCAGAAUAAGGCUGUUACAGCCUCAAUGGCUGACCCAUUAAAUGGUGACCAGGGUGAGCCUCCUGCUUAUGCAGAGAUACAAGCAACAGAGCCAAAAAAUGAACUGGCAGAACCACAAGAAAGGGCCAGCUCAUCUUCCUCUGAAGAAGACACUGAAUUGUGAAGAUAGCAGAAUCCAAGUCUUUUUCCAUAUUGUACCUGCUAUUCUGAAGCAAAUGUGCCAAUACUGCCAAAAAAAAAAUAACUGUAAUCCUAUAAUACUUACUUAAAACCAAGUCACACUGAGAAUUAUUUUAAAAUGAAUGUACUAAAAAUAAUAAAGCUAAGCUGUUCUCAGAGCACACUCCACCACACAACACUGGAUGCAAAGCAUCACAGCAUUAAUUUCAGCCAAAGAUGGUAUUAGAGUACAGUACUAAGUCAGUACAUGAUACUGUGUUCUUGUCCUUCAUUCCUCAGUGUGCAGGUGUUUAAAAUGGAGGCAGAGAUGUGAUUUGGAUAUACAAAUAGAUGGUGUAAACCAAGUUUUUUUUCCCCACGUUAAUUUGAACAUGAGUAAAAUCUCUGCAACCGGAGGUUUUUUUCCCCCAGAAACUACGAUCAUGCUAAAUGAAAUCACAAUGAGAAUUCAAUUAUAUGAAAGAAGACUUAUGUCAAUUAAAACUAAGAUAUAUUGAAUUUAUUCUGUGAUUAUUUUUGUCAACUACAAUGGAACCUCCAGUCACACCUAUAAUCUAUUCCAGGACUUUGGUCAGCACCCAAUUUGGUUGUGAUCGGAAGCAAGACUGACUGCGCAUGCGCAUGCACACACGAAAGGCAUGGAAGGGGAAAUCGCUGCAGUUCUAACUGAUCGCCACCGGAGGAUGUGUUCGUGAACAGUGUGAAACAUUUAGCUAAUUUUUUUGGUCGGCACCUGAUUUGAUUGUGGUCAGAAGCAUUCAUGACCUGAGGUUCCACUGUACAUCCAAUUUUAAUUAAGUGCAGAAUUAACUUUAGGUCUCUUGGCUAAGCAUUAGGUUCUGCAAAGAAACCAAAGAAUACUACGAUAGCUACUUUAUUUGGUCUAGUUUCUGAUAGAUACCGAGUUUAAAAAUAAAUUGUUUCAUUUUAUCUCAUUUAAAAUCCUGCGAAUGAAAAUAGGGGGGGGAAUACUGUUCUCCCCCUUUAGUUAUACAAAUAAUAAAGAUGGCAAAUAAAUAAUCAGUUUGUCUUUCACAUACAACUUCUGACUUACCAACUAACAUGUCAGAGCACAGUAUUCCAAUUGCAUUCACUUGUUCCACCCAUGAGCAGACUGCUCUAAGUUAUUUAAUGCAAGGGAUGCCAAUCCUGCCCCUUAGUAUCACAAGACUGGAGCAUUGAAUUUUAGUAGCAAAUUAUCAAACUUCAGGAGCACAAUUUCCCUCUCAUCCCCAGCUCCCUCCACCUCAAAUUAAAGGUAAAAAUUAGAAUUAGAAAUUCUUUCCUUCCAGUAAUGUUGCCCUCUUAUGCAUUUCCUGCUGUAGUAACAGAAUAGUCCUAUAAAAGAAGCCAAGAACCAACCAAUGCUAUAUAGGCUUUUGUUAUGAAUUUGAGUGUAACAUUCAGAGUUGUCUUUUUUGUGAAAGGAUAAUGAAGACAAGAGGCUCUUUCAAAGUAAAUUUUUUUUUAAAAAAAAAAAUCAAGAUUUUUCCUAUGGUUAAGAUGUAUGUUCACAGUCUUGCUUGGUUUUUCAUUAUUACUCUUUCAGCAUAUUCCUUUCAUUCCUUUUUCUCAUCUACUUAAAGGAUAAAAAAUGUUACUGAGUUCCCAAUUCCACAAAGCUUUUUUGAGCCUUGUAAUGCCAACAAUAUAGAUCAGUGUUUCACAAACUUUGUUUUCCUCAUGACCCUUUCCCAUUUUGAAAAAUUUAUGUGGGACUCUAUAUUCACUUUUGUUUAUAUGUUUUUGUAUUUAUUGGAUAUUGAUAUCUUCCUGUCAGUUGAUUCCUGACAACUGCCAGGACAAGUCUCUUAAAUUUACUUGGUGAGAUAUUGGAAGUGGUUUGCCACUGUUUGAUUUUUAAGUUGUGAGAGAAUCACUGGCCCAAGGUCACCUCAUUGGCUUUCAUGACUAAGGCAGGACCAGAACUCAGUAAUAACUCAGUUUCUGGCCUGGUGCCUUAACAACUACAACUAAACUGGAUGUCAAUAUUUAUAUUAAAUUUGACAAUUUGCUGCUACUGCUUCUUCUAACAUUUGCUCAGUAGAAUUUUAAUAUUGUAUUACUUUUCAAUAAAGGCUGGCAAGUAAUUUUAAUUUUGUGGACCCAAGAGGAACUGGGGGGAAACCUUGAGUCCUCAGGAUCACAAUUUAUGAAACACACAUUUAUGAAACAUGUUGAAGCCAGUAUCAAGUCCUAGCAAUAUUUCCUUAUCAACAAACCAAAAGAUAUUACUGAUAAUCUGAAGGUUGAAAGAUUCUCUUCAGUGCCACUAUAUUAAAUUAUUAUCAAGAUAUUUAACUACUCUACAUUCUUCAUUUUACAUAUUAAACUUCCAUUUUUGCACAAGGUUUUUCAGAAAAAUUGUAGUUACAUGGGAAUUACUGGGUAAGUUCCUGGUUUCUAAGAAGCAUGAGAAGAGCCUAUCCGAAAAGUGUGUUAAGUUUUCCAUUGUAUUACAUUAAGUUAUAACUAAGAAAUAACAUUUGGAGGAGUUCUGAGAGCCAGAUUAAGUUUUGAAGAUGACCACUUUUAAUGCUUAGACCUGACAUUGUGAAUGCUAAUUUAAUGGAAUGAAAGGGGGGAAGUGAUUAGCAGUGCUAGACACUGCCUGUUAUUUUUGAGUUCCAGGAAGAUAGGGAUUUUUUUUCCACUUCAGUCAGAAACUAAUAAUUCAUCAAACUUCGUUCCACUUCAAAGAAGAAACUUUAAAAAUCUAUAAACUGUAAGAAAAAUAUUGGGAAUUUUUAUAAAUAUUGUUUUAUUUAGUCUUUAGAAUCAUUAUCUUCAAGGUAAAGACAAUGAAGCAAAUAUUUUGCCAACUCCAUUGAAUAAAAAUUGCAGAAUGGUAUCAUCAUAUUCAGACUUUUGAGAGGUCUCUAAUAUUCCCUUUUCUUUUUUCUUCUUCUUUUUUAUGGAGCUGGAGGCUGUCCUUGUGAGACUGCUUGUCAGUCCAUGUCUAUAGUGAAGCAUCUGA